UAUUUUUAGCGACUACCUGUGUGAGCUCGAGUUUACUUGCACACGUAUUCAUUCUGUAGUUGUUUGUCAAUAUUACUAAAUGAACACUAAAAUGAACAGAGACUUUACUUAUGAUGUAAUUGUUGUCGGUGCUGGAAUAGAAGGGUCAGCAACCGCAUACCAGUUAGCCAAGAAAGGUAAAUCUACAUUACUACUAGAACAGUUUCCUAUUCCACAUAAUCGUGGAAGUUCACAUGGCCAGACACGAAUCACAAGGAAAGCUUAUGGUGUAUAUAAACACUAUGCCGUUAUGAUGGAGGAAGCUUAUAACUCUUGGAAUCUCCUGGAAAAGGAAACUAACACUACACUGUAUUAUGAGACUGGAAUGCUAUGCGCUGGAAAAAGAGACAAUACAUUCAUUAACGGGACUAUAGAAUUCUCAAAGACAAAUGGAAUACCAGUAGAAGUAACAGACGAAGAGGGUGUAGGAAAAAUAUAUCCUACGAUGACAUUUCCAAAGAAUUAUGUGUUUGUUUUAGAUAAAUGUGCUGGGAUACUUUUAGCUGAUAAGGGACUACGAGCUUUCCAGGAUAUAUUCAGAAAAAAUGGCGGAAUAUUGAAGGACAACGAGGUAGUAACUAAUAUUACUCCUGGGUCAGUCAUAAGUAUACAGACGUCUAAAAGCCAAUAUACAUGUAAAAGUAUUAUCCUAACUGUCGGACCAUGGGCAAAACAACUCUUACCAACGUUAGGAAUACACAUACCAUUGAAGCCAAUAAGAAUAAGCGUAUGCUACUGGAAAGAGAAAAAUCCAGGAGAAUACGGAUUGGGCAAAUUUCCAACUUUUUAUGAGAGUGAAGCUGUUGAUGAAAAAUACAGUGUGUACGGCUUUCCUAGUAUGGAAUAUCCUGGCUAUGUUAAGAUGUGUCUAGGAUGGGGUCCUGAUGUCGACCCAGACAACAGAGAUUUUGUUAAUGAAGAAUGGGUAAUUUCCAGAAUCAAGAAAUAUGUUACUGACCAUUUUCCAAAUCUCUAUUCAGAACCAAGCAUAGUCGAACCAUGCAUAUACACGAUGGUACCUGAUGAAGAUUUUGUAUUAGACAAACAUCCAAAGUGGUCAAAUGUAAUCAUUGGAGCAGGAUUUUCUGGACAUGGCUUUAAACUUGCACCAGUUGUUGGUAAACUGUUAGCAGAAUUAGCCCUCGGAGAGACCCUAUCGUACGAUAUAAGUCCGUGUAGAUUAAAUCGUUUUAUCUUUCAAUCUAAAAUGUAACUUCAAAUUAAAAAAAUAAAAUAUAUUUGAUUGAUAAUGAUAUUAAGAUAUACCACUCACUAUCUAUUUACCUGAAAC